AGGCCGAGGCGCUCGGGGCCCGUUUCAAACCGGCGGUCGCGGGGCCGCGGCCCGGCACGAGAUGGCGGAGAGCGACAGGGUCGAGGCGGCCGCGCCGCGCAGGGCCGAGGAGGCGGCCGGGCAGCAGCCCCCGCAGCCGCAGCAGCAACAGCCGCCGCCGCAGCAGCAGCAGCCGCAGCAACAGCCGCCGCAGGAUGAGGAGGCGGCGGCGGCCGCGGCGCCCGGGAGCGGCGCGGGCAGCGCUAAUGGCGUCAAAAUGGAAAAUGAUGAGACAGCAAAAGAGGGGAAAGCACCUGUGAAAGAGAAGUACGUUGCAAAAGCGAAGGCAAUCCCUUCUCUUGGAAACAAGAAUAGAUUCCAGCCCUAUUCCAAGGAGAAGAAUGCAGGCUCUGGAGACAAGAAGGCUGUUAAUCGUAAUAGAGUUUUUAUUAGCAACAUCCCGUAUGACAUGAAAUGGCAAGCUAUUAAAGAUCUUAUGAGAGAGAAAGUUGGUGAGGUUACAUACGUGGAGCUGUUUAAGGAUGCUGAAGGAAAAUCAAGGGGUUGUGGUGUGGUUGAAUUCAAAGAUGAAGAAUUUGUUAAGAAAGCAUUAGACACUAUGAACAAAUAUGAUCUUAGUGGAAGACCCCUGAAUAUUAAAGAGGAUCCUGAAGGUGAACAUGCUCGUAGGGCAUUACAGCGUGGGGGAGGACAGUUUCCAGGAGGACAUGGACCUGAUGCAGCACCUGGAAUAAUGAAUUUACCACCUUCUAUUCUCAAUAAUCCAAACAUUCCUCCUGAAGUUAUCAGUAACUUGCAGGCAGGCAGGCUUGGGUCCACUAUUUUUGUUGCUAAUCUUGACUUUAAAGUUGGCUGGAAGAAGCUGAAGGAGGUGUUCAGCAUUGCUGGAACUGUGAAGCGUGCCGACAUCAAAGAAGAUAAAGAUGGCAAGAGUCGAGGGAUGGGAACAGUUACCUUUGAACAAGCAAUUGAAGCUGUUCAGGCCAUAUCCAUGUUCAAUGGACAAUUCCUGUUUGAUAGACCCAUGCAUGUAAAAAUGGAUGACAAAUCAGUUCCUCAUGAAGAUUUCCGUGUUGCGGACAGCAAAAGCUCACAGUUACCUCGUGGUCUUGGUGGCAUUGGUAUGGGACUUGGACCAGGUGGACAACCCAUCAGUGCAACACAGUUGAGCAUGGGCGGUGGAAUGGGGAGCAUGGGUCCAGGAGGUAUGGGAAUAGACGGUCCAGGAUUUGGUGGAAUGAGUAGAAUGGGAGGCGGACUUGCUGGAUUUCGUGGAAUGGAAGGAAUGCCCAAUAUGGGAGGAUUUGGAGUCAACCGAAUGGGAGAAAUGUUCCGUGGUGGAAUGGGAGCAAACAUGGAAAGAGAAUUUGGUCGUGGUGAGAUGGCAUUGAACCGUGGUUUUGGAGAGUCUUUUGGAAGGAUGGGUGGUGCAAUGAUUGGUGUUUUUGCAGGAGGAAUGGGAGCACCUAGCAUGGGCCCAGUAAGAUCUGGAAUGAGUGGUGGAAUGGGUGGUAUGAACAGUAUGGCUGGAGGAAUGGGAAUGGAUCGGAUGAGCUCUGGAUUCGAUCGAAUGGGACCAGCCAUGGGUGGAGGCCUGGACAGGAACAUCGAUAUCGAUCGAGGGUUUGUGCCUGGCCCCAUGGGAAGUGGCGUAAGAGAGAGAUUGGGCUCUAAAGGCAACCAGAUAUUUGUGAGAAAUCUUCCUUUUGACUUGACCUGGCAGAAGCUAAAGGAGAAGUUCAGUCAGUGUGGUCAUGUAAUGUUUGCAGAAAUAAAAAUGGAGAAUGGAAAAUCAAAGGGCUGUGGAACAGUCAGAUUUGACUCACCAGAAUCUGCUGAAAAGGCCUGUAGGAUAAUGAACGGCAUAAAAAUCAGUGGCAGAGAAAUUGAUGUCCGCUUGGAUCGCAAUGCAUAAUUUAAAACUCUGUGUUCAGGAACAUUCCUAUGUCUUGUUUAGCUUCUCUAUCUUAGCAAGUCAUUUUUAGUAACAUUGUAUGCUUACAAAAGAUGUAAAAAGGAACUUUUAAAUCCCACCAGCCUUUAACAGUAUAGUGUUUAAUAUACUGUGAUACUUGUUAACUGAAUCUUACUAUGUUUGGUUUUUAAAGACAAUUUGCCUGAUUUUUGUUGUUUUUUUAGAGGCACUGAGCACCUGCAGGUCCCUGUUGACCGUGGAAGGUUUGGAUGCUCAGUGCCUUUGGAAAAUUAGGCCAAGUGUCUCUAGUCAUUCAGUUUAAAUGAAUGGUUAUACUGUUUUUAAUAAAAUAAGCCAUUUUCUCUGUUAAUCUCAAGACUGCAUAGUGGGAUUUAUUUAGUGUUUUCUGGUUUUUAUUUUUGCCCUCCAGUGUGUAUCGACAUUGUAAUGUAAAAAGUAGAUGUCUUUUUAUUUUUCAGGAUUUUGGUUUUAUAUGUGUGUUGUAGUCAUACUGUAAUUCCUGACUCUAAAAGAAAGGGCUCCAGUUAAGCUGUGAUGUUUUUGUUCUUAAUAUUACUUUGAUGACAUGAUUUAGUUCUGUAUAUAAGACUUAGAGCCCAGUGGGAGUUUGGAGUUGGUUUUUUUAUUUUAUUUUAUUUUGACUAAAUGAAGAAACUGAUCUUUUCCUCCUGCUUUAAUUUUUUUCAUCAGUAUAAUCACUGAUUAAAACUAGUUACCACAGA